GCUACAUCCUUGUGGCUGGCCUAUUCUUUUUGGUGUACGUAACCUCAAGGGCUGGGAAUAGAUCCUGAAACGCAGCCUUAUCUGUUGCCCCCAUGAGAGAUAUCAACAAUGUUGGGAGGACUCAAUAACUGACUGCGGUACCGGCCGGUUUGGCUCUUACCAGCACUACGCCCGUGGCAAGUCAAAUGACCAAGAGCCCCCGUCCUUUUACGAUGUCGACACGUCUGUUUAGCGCUUCAGAACGAGGAGUACUAGCCUCUCCGAUCGUCGUUCUUUCCGCAGUCUGUUUUUUCUUCAGCCUCAUUUCCGAGUCAUUGCCAGUUUUCGCGCUCGAGAAUGGGGUUGGCCGACUUCCAUUCAUGGGUUACAACACUUGGAAUGCCUACUAUUGUAACAUUGACGAAGAUACAAUAUACGAGACGGCCGAAUUAAUUGUAUCGCUGGGUCUGAAGGAAGUGGGCUAUGAAUACAUGAACAUAGAUGACUGCUAUGCCGAGAAACAGCGGAACUCGGAUGGUGACAUCGUGGAAAAUGCCCAAAGGUUUCCAUCUGGAAUGCGAAAUCUCACCAACCGUAUACAUUCUCUUGGAUUAAAAACAGGCAUUUACGGCGAUUCAGGUUGGUACACCUGCCAGAUGUAUCCCGGAUCAUACCAGAACGAAGAAAGAGAUGUAAGACUUUUCCGUGAGACGUGGGGUUUCGACCUUCUCAAAUACGACAACUGCGCAGUGCCAUUCGAUGAUGUUAUCCGUGAGGGCAUGAUUGGGAAAUUUUCGAGGAUGGCCAAUGCGAUAACAGACCUUGCGAGUACCACCGGAAGGCCUCCGAUGCUGUAUUCUAUUUGUCAAUGGGGUCGACUGCAGCCCUGGCUCUGGGCCAGAAAUCUUGGUCAUUCCUGGAGGACAACAGAUGACAUCUCCGCACGAUGGUCAUCAAUUGCUAGCAUUAUCAAUCAAAAUUCCUUCCACGCUUGGGCGUCGGAUUUUUAUGGUCACAAUGAUAUGGAUAUCCUAGAAGUCGGCAAUAAGGGUUUAUCGUAUGAAGAAUCUAAGACCCACUUUACUGUGUGGGCCUUAAUGAAAUCACCGUUGUUGAUAGGAACUAAUCUCAAAUCAAUAUCUAAUCAAACCUUAGACAUUCUCAAGAAUGAAGAAAUAAUUGCCAUUAACCAGGAUCCCAUCGUAGGCACGGGAAUAAUACCGUUUAGAUGGGGCUAUAACCCUGAUUAUACAAAUGAUCCAAGAUACCCAGCUCAGUAUUGGAGCGGGCUUAGUCAAAAUGGGACAGUUUUUAUGUUGAUAAAUGUGCAUGAAGAAGCAACGGAUAUGACAUUUCGAUUAACAGAAUCACCUUGGAUGCGUGCGGGAAGCCAAUACUUAGUUCGGGACCUUUGGACCCAUACAGACAACGGCACAGCUGUCCGCGAAUUUACUGCUCAUUCCGUCCCCGCCCAUGGUGUUGUGGCGCUCUUAUUGCGAGACGCUGGUGACGAGCCCGAAAACCUAUGGCCGAAAUGUGCCUUCUAUGAGUGGUGGUCAGAUAAUUGGUGUAUUGAUCGUAACGGCACGAAAGUAUCCUCCUUGAGCAUGCCGUCGACGUUCAAUUCGAACCUCAUGGCGGUAACGUUUGUUUUUUCAGCUGUAAAUGUCUUUGAAUAUCCUCUUCGUCGUUUAAUACUGCUCAUAUUGCGUAGAGAUUAUUUUUAAUAGAUGUAUACACCAUCCUACG